AUGUGGAGACGAAUACCCUUUUCGCGUUCUCGAAUGGCCGUCGCGGCUGUCGCCCUCCUUGUCCUUCUCAACGUUCUCCACCCGACUGCAAUCCUAGCCAGCCGCAACGGCCCUGCCGUAGACUCAUUGCGGCGUCCCUCUUCCGCAUUAGGCGGCGGUGAUCGCUUGAAAGCCGCGCUGACGGACCAACCGGAGCCGCUCUUUGAGGUGCACAUGCGGGAGAAGUGGGCUGCCGUGAAACACGGCGCGCAGCAGCCUAGCAGCCUGGAAGAAAUCGCGCAGGUGUUUCUGCAGGAGGGGUAUGGCGACGCGACGACAGACUUGGAACGCAUCACCAUGAGCGGCCGGAACGGCCGCAGUACCGUUAUUAGUAUGACCCUUGUUAAUAGUAUCACGGCCCGCAGCAGCAGCAGUGGCGGCGGCGGCCGCUCUAUCCCGCGGCGGUCCGGGGCGUUACGCGGACUGAGUUCCCGCCUGAGUUCCGCGGAGCGGGCGCGUCGGCUGUUGACCACGGACUUGGUGCCGAUUCAGGCGCCAGCGCUGGGGUCGCCGCCAACGAUGGGCGACCUUAACCAGCCGUGGUACCGCUUUGAGACGGUGUCGCAGCUGCGGUUCGUCGACUGGCGCGCGUCGCGGUACAGAACGGGCCUGCUGCUCCAGGACGGGUGCGAGAGCUGUUGGGCGCUAGCAGCGACGGACCUGCUCUCGAUGCUCUGGGCCCUCGCUUUCAACGCAACGGCGCCCGUCCCGCUCGCGCCGCAGCAGGUCUGCGACUGCGGCACGGGCAGCUGCUGCCGCGGCGGCUGGCCCGAGUGGGUGUUUCUCUACGCGAUGAGCAACGGCGGCGUCGCGCGGGAGAUUGAUUAUCCGUACACUGCUAUGGAUGGGUUGAGUUGCCGCUCAUUGCAAGCCGGAGCGGUGAAAUUGGGGAACGUUAGCGGCUGGGAAAAAGUUCCGGCGAAAAGCGCGGUUUCGUUGAUGAAAGCGGUUUCGCAGCAGCCGGUUCUGGUUUACAUCGCCACGGAUAGCGACGAUUUUCGGGCAUACAGCGGGGGGUUAUUUAUAGGAGCUUGCGGAAAAGAUAUCGACCACGCGAUGAUUGUAAUGGGUUACAGUUUGGAUGCGACGGAGGGACCCUACUGGCUGCUGAAAAACACCUGGGGUCCGGAGUGGGGCGAAACGGGUUACAUGAAGCUGCCGAUUUUCAACGACAGCCAGCCGAGUGGGAAGUGUAACAUCCACAGCGAACCUGCGGUGUACCCAACUUUUUACGAUUCGCGAAGUAAUGCGAACCCGUGUAACGUUCGCCCGCAGCCGUGUGGUGGGGGCACAUGCAGAUUGGAUUCGGAUGGCGCGGCGCGGUGCACGUGCCCCGCGGGAUUUUUUGAGAGGAGGGAAUCGACUGGGCCGCCCAAAUGCGUGCGUGCGGACCCGUGCGGCGCGAACCCGAAUCCGUGCGGCUCGGGAAACUGCUCGAAUAAAUUCGAUGGCAGCUACACCUGUUCCUGCCCCGCGGGUUCGGUGAUUGGUGCGCGCACGGACGGCGCGAUGACGUGCGUGCUGGGCACGUUUCAGAGCGGCCUGCAGACCUACACCGUUGCCGCGGGGGACACGUGCGAGUCCCUCGCGCGCGCGUUCAACAUCACCCCAACAUCUCUUGAAGCCCGAAAUCCCUUUGUCGACUGCUCCAUCCAGCCCCUCACGCCCGGCUACAUUCUCAUUGUCGCCGGCGACACCAACGUCACCUUCGGCUGCGCAGCCGUCGAUCUCAUCUCCCCUAAAGACACCUGCACCACCAUCGCCGCGCGUAACAACGUUACCACAAAGGUGUUACAAGCGCUCAACCCGGGUGUGAACUGCUCGCUGCCCGCUCCAUCGCCGUCACUGCGAGUGUCGUCGACGGUGUGUGUGCGGUCGGGAAUGCUGUCGACAACCGCGCCGGCGGCUGUGUCGUGUGGGCAGACGUACCGGGUGCAGCCGGGGGAUACCUGCAUGAAUGUGGCGCUUAACGCCAGCAUCACGCUCACCCGCCUCUUGCUCCUCAACCCAGGGCUGAGAUGCACCACCACAGCCCCUUUGGAUCCAUCAAUGCUGCUCUGUGUGGCGCCGCUGACAGUGGAGCUGGUGAGCGUGGAGUGCGCUGAGUGGUACUCUGUCACCCAGGCCGACACCUGCAGCCGCAUCGCCAAUGCUGCUCUGCUCUCCAUGGAUGAUUUUAUGAAGCUCAAUCCCGGGCUCAGGUGUGACCCGCCGUACUUCCAGAUCGGGCAGCAGGUGUGUGUCGCAGGGGCAAUCGACGCGUUCAGCGCCGACUCACUCUCUUCCGACGUUAUCCCCUACACUGUCAUUGCAAACGAUACCCUCGCUUCCAUAUCCAAGUAUUUCAACACUCUCUGCCUCAACAACACUUUCCCCAUUUCUAUCUGCGACACCAACACUCUCCCCUCCUGCGACGAUUCCGCCAUCUCGCAAGGGCAACUGCUCCUAAUACCCUGCAAAAACCGGAUCUUUUAUGACGUCUGCCCGCUGGCGACGUCGGUCGUGUGUGGGGCUGACGGGGUGACGUACGGCAGCGGGUGUGCGGCGAAGAAGGCGUAUGCGAUGCCGUUUCGGCAGGGAGUCACCGUGUCCCCCUCCCCCUUGGCCGUUCACUGA